AUGGACUCCCCGAUCAGUCGUGCCUCCAGUACGCAGGAUGACUACCGCGAAGUCUACGAAGCAGUGCUCUACGACCGUCUCCGUGACGGUAUUCGGGCGCAUGCCGAGGAGCGGAAGCCAAAACAUCACCACAAGCUGCGGCCCAUCAACAACAGAGAUCCGGAAUUGACCAGGAUCGCAACGAACGCAUCUAAACAAACGAGGGUCAUACCAAAGAGACUUGCCGACAUCGAUCCUCGCCUCGAUCCCGAGAAGGACGCGUUUGACUUUCGAUUCUGGGCGACGACCUUCAUCCAGCUUGUCAAGGAAGAUGGCAUCAAGCGAGCCAAUGUCGGGUUUUCCUUCAGGUCUCUCACCGUUUCCGGAAUGGGAUCCAACCUCGUUCUACAGCCUACAGUCACAACACCGUGGAUCGCCCUUGCUCGCCUUCCGAUGCUACUAAGCAAUCGCAAGCGGGAGCCCAAAGUGAUCCUGCACCAACUCGACGGUUCUGUCAAGAGUGGGGAAAUGCUGCUUGUGCUGGGUCGUCCUGGAAGUGGCUGCACGACUUUCCUCAAAUCGAUCGCUGGUCAGUUGGACGGCUUGACUAAGUCGCAGACUUCCACUGUCAGCUACGACGGCAUUCCCCAAGACGUGUUCACGCAGAAAUUCAAGGGCAAAGCGGUCUAUAACGACGAGAACGAUGAACACUUCCCGCACCUAACAGUGGGACAAACACUUCACUUCGCUGCAUCCGCACAAACACCGCAUGCACGGAUCGAGGGAGUUGAUCGAUUGACGCAAGCCAAUCACAUGGCCGAAGUCAUGAUGCGAAUCUUCGGCCUGUCGCACGUCCGAGACACCAAGGUUGGCAAUGAUACGAUCCGGGGUGUUAGCGGUGGAGAGAGAAAGCGCGUGAGCAUUGCAGAAAUGGCGCUGGCUAGGUCAGUUCUAGCUGUGUGGGACAAUUCUACAAAAGGUCUGGACUCGGCGACCGCUCUCGAAUUCGUGCGGUCGUUGCGUACGUUGGCCGACGUGGCUGGUGUCACGCAAGCCGUGGCCCUGUACCAGGCAAGUCAACGGAUCUACGAGACUUUCGACAAGGUGCUGGUCCUGUACGAAGGGCGCCAGAUUUUCUUCGGCCCCAUUGACUCGGCUCGUUCAUACUUCGAGCGCAUGGGAUGGUUGUGUCCCCCACGUCAGACCACUCCAGACUUCUUGACCUCGAUCACCAAUCCACGGGAAAGACAACCCCGUCUGGAAUACUCAAACAAAGUUCCUAAAACAGCAAGCGACUUUGAGGAUUAUUGGCUCAAGUCAGAAGAGUUUCAAGCCUGCAUUGCUGAAAUCAGCAGCGCUGAAACUGACGCCGAAGACAACGGUCGCCUCCAAGCCUUGCAAGACGCCCACCACGCAGCACAAGCUCACCAUACGAGAUCAACUUCUCCUUAUUUGCUUUCAAUCUGGAUGCAAAUACGCCUGUGCAUGGAGAGAUGCGGCCAACUUCUGUGGAAUGACAGAGCUUCUACUGUUGCCCUGGCAGGAGGACGAGUCAUCCUCGCUUUGAUCAUUGGCAGUGUUUACUUUGGGACGCCCGACACAACGGCGAGCCUUCAGACACGGGGAGCCGUGAUCUUCCUUGCGACCCUGCUGAACGCUCUUAUGGCCGUUACUGAGAUUGGCGCUCUCUUCGGCAAACGAGGAGUCAUCCAAAAGCAGAACACCUUCGCCUUCUACCAUCCUUCCGCGGAUGCACUCGCCGCUUUCCUCGUCGAUAUCCCCGUCAAAUUCGUCAUUUCAACGCUGUUCAACGUCGUCUACUACUUUUUGUCAGGACUCAGAACCGAAGCAUCAUGCUUCUUUAUUUUCCUUCUGUUCAACUUCGUCUGUACGCUGCUGAUGUCGGCUAUCUUCCGCAGUAUCGGAGCAGCCUCGACGCAACUCGCGAAAGCAUAUGCAGUCUCCGGCAUUGGAGUCCUGAUGAUGGUUAUCUACACCGGCUUCACGCUACAGACUUCCUACAUGCAUCCCUGGUUUCGCUGGAUCAAUUACAUCAACCCGAUUGCUUAUGUCUUCGAAGCACUACUCGUCAACGAAGUCCACGGCCACCGGUUUCCUUGUGCUCCGCAGAGUCUUGUGCCGCCUUAUGCCAGUGGGAACUCGAAUUUUGCAUGUGCAGUCAUUGGCGCUCAACCUGGAGAGCGGACAGUUUCUGGAGAUCUCUGGGUCCAGUCAGGGUAUCAGUACAGCUACAGUCACAUUUGGCGGAACUUGGGGAUUGCAUUGGCGUACAUGGUGUGUUUCCUUGUUGUCCACCUCGUCGCUGUGGAUUUCAUGUCUACCGCAGACGCACAGCCUCAGCGCCUUAUCUAUCGCGAUCGCAAAGCAGCACAGGCCUCGGAGAAAGACGUUGAGUCGGAUGUGCACCAGCAGUUGGCGCCCUCUCCGAAUACAUCGACGAGCGAGAACGAAAAAGAUGCUAAUGCUCGGACCGGUGGACAAGCAGGCAGAGGUCAUUCCGAUGACAUGGCUGAGGCAGCUGGCGUUCUCACCUGGGAAGACCUUACACUGGAUAUUAUGAUCCAGGACAAACCCAGACGUCUCCUGGAUAAUGUCACUGGAUGGGUCGACCGCGGCAAGCUUACAUGCCUCAUGGGUGUCUCAGGCGCAGGGAAGACGACGCUCCUUGAUACGCUGGCACAGCGCCAGACUACGACCGGGAAACGUUCCGGCAAUAUCCUAGUGGACGGGAUGCCACUGCAACCCUCUUUCCAGCGCAAGACCGGAUAUGUUCAGCAGCAGGAUCUCCACCUCUCAACGAGUACUGUUCGUGAAGCCCUGCGUUUCUCUGCCCUCCUCCGGCAACCUUCUUCGGUGUCCGCGGAAGAAAAGUUCGCCUACGUCGAGCAUGUGAUCGAAAUUUUGGGCAUGGAGCUAUUCAGCGACGCGGUCAUCGGCCAAAUAGGUGAAGGGCUCAAUAUCGAGCAGAGAAAGCUCGUCACCAUCGGCGUGGAGCUUGCGGCAAAGCCUUCAAUCCUGUUCCUGGAUGAACCCACCUCGGGCCUCGACUCGCAGAGCGCAUGGACAAUUGUCUCUCUGCUGCGAAAACUGGCAGACAACGGCCAAGCCGUGCUGGCUACCAUCCAUCAGCCCUCGGCUAUGCUGUUUCAGCAGUUCGAUUCCAUCUUGCUGCUGGCGAAAGGUGGACGGACCAGCUAUUUCGGGCCCCUUGGCGCGGAUUGCCGUACACUGACACAAUACUUCGAGAGGCACGGCGCCCAGAGCAUUGCGCCGGAGGAGAAUCCUGCGGAAUAUGUCCUCAACACCAUCGGAAGUCCGACUUCCCACGACUGGACGCAGAUCUGGCAGUCGAGCCAAGAGUGCACCGCAACCAAGGAGACGCUCCGCACCAUGGUCGCGAGGACUCAAGCGGAGGAGAGAGGCGCCGCCGACCACGACGGCGAGUUUGCACUUCCUUUCACGGCCCAGCUCAGACUAGUCAGCCAGCGGUUGUUCCAGAACUACUGGCGCAAUCCCAGCUACAUCUACGCCAAGCUCCAGUUCGCAAUGCUCUCGGCCCUCUUCAUCGGCUUCACUUUCUACAUGCAAAACUCGUCGGUAACGGGAAUGCAAAACGUCAUCUUCGCCAUCUACAUGUUGAAUGCCACGUUCUCCUCCAUUGUCAAUCAGAUCAUGUCGCGGUUUCUCCCACAACGCGCGCUGUUCGAAGUCCGCGAAGCCCCCUCCAAAAUGUACAGCUGGCUCGCGUUCGUGCUGGCGAACAUUCUGGUCGAGAUCCCCUACCAGAUCUUCCUAUCUGUGGUCGUCUGGGCGUGCUGGUACUUCCCCGUCUUCGGCAUCCACCACGAUGCCACCACCCGGGCGAUGAUGUGGGCGUUUUGCAUGCAAUUCUUGCUCUUCGGGGCGACCUGGGCGCAGAUGCUCAUCUUCGUCAUGCCCAGCACCGAAACCGCCGGCGCGCUCUCCACCAUCCUCUUCACGUUGACGCUCCAAUUCAACGGCGUGCUGCAGCCACCCACGGCCCUGCCUGGGUUCUGGAUCUUCAUGUACCGCGUCAGCCCGUUCACAUACCUCAUCGGCGGAUGGGCGGGGACCGGUCUGGCGGAUCGACCGGUGGUUUGCGCCGAGAACGAGCUGGCUAUCUUCGAUCCUCCAGCCGGCCAGACCUGCGGGGCGUAUCUCUCAGCAUAUCUCGAGGGCGGCGCGCCAGGUGCUCUGCUCAACCCGUCUGCCGUGUCCCAAUGCGAGUACUGCCCCUUGCGAAAUGCCAACCAAUUCCUGGCCGGUUCCUGGAUCCAUCCCUCCGAAAAUUACCAGAACAUGGGUAUCCUCUUCGCUUACAUUGCUUGCAACAUGUUUGCCGCCGUCGUGUUGUACUACGUUUUCCGGGUCAGACGCUUCUCCAUCAAAAGUCUGCGGAAACCACGGCCGCACAGUGAGGGUCAUGGAAAGCAGGUUGCGGGAAAACAUCACAGGAAUAGACUGUUCUAUCCUGGCUUUUAUUUUCAUUUCGCCUUGGCGCUGCUAAGGAACCUCGCUCGAUAG